AUGGCCGACUCUGUGGAUAAGACUAUACCUUCAGACACUGAGAACUCAUGCUUCGAGCUUCUUGUCAAAGAGAAGGAAGAGGGUAUCAAGGGUUGGUUGACGGUCUUAGGAGCCUCACUCGUCUAUCUCUCAACAUUCGGAAUCAUUAACAGCUUCGGUUUCUUCCAAGAGCUGUAUCAGAAUACGUACUUAAAAACGACGCCGGCGUCGACGAUAUCCUUCAUUGGAACCAUUCAGAUCCUGUUGAUGAAUUUGCUGGCAGCGCCCGCCGGGUCGCUGUUUGACUACUACGGGCUCAAGUACUUGUACAUUUUCUCUGGAAUCGGCACCUCAGGGGGUCUCGUCCUCCUUUCCAUCAGCCAACCGACAGUUCUCUGGCAGCUGUUCCUAAUCCAAGGCGUCCUCCUUGGUCUCGCCAUCGCUUUUGGCGCCCAACCCGCCCUAGUGGUCGUAGGGCACCACUUUUUCCGCCGUCGAGCCUUAGUCAUGGGCAUUGUAGCUGCUGCCGGGAGUGUUGGCGGGGUUUGUUUCCCCUUGAUAUUUGCCCGGUUGACGCCUAUGAUCGGUUUCGCAUGGUCGGUGCGGCUGGUGGCGCUGGUUAUACUGACCUGUUACAUCGUUGCCUUGUGCAUCUCAUCGACGAAGAGUAUCCAACAACCGCUCAGUAAGCUCAGCGAACUUCUAGACUUCAGAGGUUUCUUGGAUUCGAGAUACUCGGUACUAGCACUGGGGGCAUUUGUCACGAUGCUGGGGCAGUUCGUCCCCUACUACUAUAUCACUUCCUACUGCGUUGCAGCCAACCCUUCAUCGCCGGCAAAAGUCUUCCUCCUCCCCGCAAUGAACGCCGCCAGCAUCGUCGGCAGAAUUCUCGGCGGUCUCGCAGCCGACGACACCGGCCCGGCCAACAUCGUCUAUCCCAUGACCCUCCUCUCCGGCAUCCAAUGCCUCGCCAUGUGGCUUGUGACCAGCGACCCGGGCGUUCUCCUCGCCUUCGCCAGUCUCUACGGCUUCUGCUCUGGCGUCUUCAUUGCAGUGUUGCCAGUCAUUGUGGCGCAGAUAUCUCCAGAGUGUAAGCUUGGAGGGAGGAUUGGUGCAUUUUAUUCCGUGUUGGCGAUUGCACAGCUAGUGGGGUCACCCAUUGCAGGCGCGUUGAUUAGGGAUGUGGGCGACGGUGUGGGAGAGGGCCGUGCGUAUAUGGGGUUGAUUGUUUUUGCGGUAAGUGUGGUAGAUAGGGUUAUAUUGUAG